AUGCUCCCCUGCUCAUCAUCGGCGCAGAAGGAGGGAUGCGAGGAGGAGAGCGGCGCACACAUGCAAACAGAGUGCAACAGACUGACGGAGGAGAGAGACGAGGCCGAGAGACAACUCAAACACAUCAAGAGAGUGUCUCAGAUGGUGAUAGAGGAGGUGAGUGUUCUGCAGACUCAGCUGGAGAUCGAGAAGUCAUGCCGGGAGAAUGCAGAGGCCCUGGCCACAAAGCUGAACUGCGAGAACAGGAAGCUGAAGUACCUGAGCCUGUCGUCUCGGCCAUGUUUGGACGAGCUGCUCCCCAGCAUCUCCGACUGCAUCGCGCUGGAGGCCGACGCAGACGCAGAGACAGACGCAGCAGACAGCAGUCCUGACACCUUCAUACAGUAUCAACAGCAGGUUAAAGAGUUGAGGGAGACAGUGAACAGCUUGUUGGAGGAGAAGAAGAAUUUUGUCUGUCAGAUUCACGACCAGCAGAGACGAAUAGAAGAGGUGACCUCACAGUCUGAGAAAGAUCAGGCAGAAAUGACGGAGCUUCGUGAAAAAGUUGAUCAGCAAAGUAAAACCAUCAAGAGAUUUAACAGAGUCUCUAUGAUGGCGACUCAGGAGUACGAUGGGAUGAAGGAGCAGCUGGACUUGGAGCAGAGUCUCAGAGUCAAAGCGGAGACUUAUGCACAUGAGAUGCUGGUGAAGCAGAAGGAGGCCAACAGGCAGAGCAUGCUCCUGCUGCAGAGUGCUGAGCCCAGCGUUCAGCUACUGAAAGCUCUGGAGGACGUCGCCACCAUCACCAAAACCCUGGAGGAGGAGCGUCUGCAGCAUCAGCAGAGGGUGCAAAGCCUGGAGGCCCAGCUGGAGCAGAGCUCAGUGAAGAAGCAGCUGGAGGCUCUGCAGAGGCAGAUGGAGCUGCUGGAGGAGGAGAAGAAAGAGGUGGAAGGACGACUAGAGCAGUCAGAGAAGAAGAACGGGGAGCUGGAGAACACAGUCCGGGAGCUCCGGGAGCUCCAGGAGACCCAGGAAAAGAUCGCCAUGGAGACCAUCCCAGCACCCCCUCCUCCAGCUGCACCCGGUGUGGCCCCUCCGCCUGCCCCUCCCCCGCAGCCACCUCCUCCCCCUCCUCCUCCCCCACCACCGCCUCCUCCGCCUCCCCCUUCCAGAUGCAACCCCCUCAGCUCUCUGAUCGCCAUCAUGAGGAAAUCUUCAAAAGGCUCCAAAGCGUCCGUGAAGGUUGAGCAGCCUCCAGCUGGUGAGGGCGUGGACGAUGUGAAGUCGAAGGCCGUGAAUGAGAUGAUGGAACGGAUCAAACAUGGUGUCGUCCUGCGACCCGUCAAGAGUCAGGAAAGCAAGAGAGUAGCAGUAAAACCCCUUCCUCCUCCACUGUGUGAGGAGAAACCGCAAGAGAGCGCCAUGGACGAACUCAAAGGCAUCCUGGAGACGGUGAAGCGGAGCCCCAGCCGAGGCUCCCAGGAGGCGGGGCCGUCGCCGCCGGGCAAGAAGGACAGCGAGCUGGAGGUAAUCCUGAGACGCAGACGCAACAAGGCGGGAGAAGCUGGAUCUGGAGAUGAGAAGGAGGGCCAGAUGAGCCACGUCUCCUCCUCCGACAGCCUGAACGGGAGGCGCACCAGCAGCGACUCGGGCAAGGAUCCAGAGGGGCUUAGCGUUCCCUCCGAACCAGUGGGUCCCAGGGUCAGCCUGGAGAGACGGGGAUCAGGGCCGGGACCCAUCGUAGCCAGGAGGAAGAGCUCCGACACGAGCAAAGAGCCUCGAGUGGGCUCCUGGCAGGAGAGGAGGUCAUGCAGCUCUCUGUCUGAGAAAGAAACAGCACAGUCUCCGAUCAGCAACGGCUGCAUCAACAGUGUUGGAGAGGACGAGAAAAAAGCGACAGAGAAAUGUGUCCAGUCAAACGGAGUCGACCACACCGAGCCCGCCAUCUGUGCCGGGCCUGAGAACGGCAGCACCGACGCAGAGUGCUAG